CCCCGAGCCAGCGUCAGGUUAAGGCAAAUAUCUCAAGUGCGUCCGUGCUUAGUUGAGCACCUUACUUAGUCUACUAGUUCUCUGAGUUCUGAGAAUACAAAGAUGGCUGACACCCAGCCCACGCGUCAGGUUGACGCUGACGUUGACGUUGACGGAAAGCUGAAAUCAGCAGCAGAAGAAAACUCAGAGCACGCGGAGAAAGGACGGCCACGAGUCUCGGGGCUUUUCAUCUACCCGAUUAAGUCCUGCGGAGGAAUCGCGGUUGAUUCGGCUGCAGUAACCGCUACAGGCCUGCAGUGGGACCGGCAGUGGAUGGUGGUGGAUGCAUCCUCCCGCCGCUUCAUCACCCAGCGCCAGUGCGCCGCCAUGGCGCUCAUCCGCACCGCGCUGCCGCCUGAAGCGCUGCUGCCCCCGCACACGUGGGCGCACACGCUGCCUGCUGACGCCUGCCUAUACAUAACGGCCCCUGGCCACCCCCCCCUGCACGUCCCCCUCUCCCUCUCCUGGUACCGGGGGGAGCGCUUGGGGAGGCGGGCAGGCACGAAAGGGGAGGGAAGAGGCGGAGAAGGAGGAGGGGAGGGGGAGCGAGAGGAGAGGGGGAGUGAGGGGAGGUGGGUGACUGUGACGGUGUGGGGCUGGACGGGGAGAGCAUUGGAUGCGGGGGAUGAUGCUUCUGAGUGGUUCUCCAGGGUCAUGGGAAGACAAGUGCGGCUCGUUAGGUUCGACACAGCACAUGUGGUGCGCCCCACCAGCCCUGACUUUGCAGAUGGGUUUCAAACGUCCUUCGCUGACGGCUACCCCAUGCUUCUCAUAUCGCAGGCGUCGCUGUCGUCCCUCAACGCCCGCCUCCCCCACCCUGUUCCUAUGAACCGAUUCCGGCCCAACAUAGUGGUGAGCGGGUGUGAGCCCUUUGAUGAGGACACGUGGCGGAGCUUCUCCGUUGCACCUUAUGGCCAUGAAGCAUCUGAUAAGGAGGCGAGGGGGCGUGACCAUGGGUCUGGUAGCUCCGAUGCUGCCCCUGUUGGCGUGUUCAGAGGGGUGAAACCGUGCUCCAGAUGCAAGAUCACUACAAUCGACCAGCUGACAGCUGAAUCUGGCAAGGAGCCCCUUCAGACCUUCCUCAAGUUUCGUCGAGGAAAGGACCUGGGCCUUCAAACAAGCAUCCAAGACGUUUUCUUUGGAAUGAAUGUUGUUUUCCAACCUGCUCGUUCUAUAGACCCUACUCCUGCUUUGCCUGCAGAGCAGCGCUCCCUCGCCCUGUUGUCACUAGGAGAUGAAAUCGAUGUGUUGGCUGCGGAUCCGCGUCUCGCAACAUUGUAUCCUUGAUAAAACCUUAUGCUUUCUGCAAGUGACGGCUUCCAUAUGUGUUGGGUUUGGUUUGGUAGUCAUGUGUGAUGCGAGUGGAUAAGCAUGAGGAAAUUAGUGU